AUGCAAAACGACGACGACGAUUUAGACGAAGAAGAAGGAGAAGAGGGAGACUUUGGAGAGUGGAUAGAAGACGAAGAGUCUCUCGUGGAAAUCUCCGAGCAACGGAAAACAAAAUGUUUAUUCUCUCAGAGAGUGUAUUCGAACGCACACGAGGCGUUAACGAGAGCCGCCACUGACUUUGGAUUUGAUUUACGACGAGUCGUUUCGUUGAAUAAGAAGAAUACUUUCAUAAAAAGUAAAGAAGAGGAAGAAGAAGGAGAGAAACCAUCGAGGAGUGGCCGCGAAGAAGAAGAAGAAGACGAUGAAAAUGAAUUGGAGUUUUACGACGUCAUUAAAGUGAUUAACUUUGUGCGUAAAAUGGUUUUGGAAGAAACGAAAAACAACAGCAAGAACAACAACAACAAGAACAAAGAAUCAGAUGAAAAAGAAUACGACGAGAAGGAAUUGGCAAAACGAGUGAUUGCAAGAGUCAACGAUGGAGCGUGGAAAGACGACGUGUAUCUGAUGCCCGUCGAUGCGAGUGGGUCGGACCCGUUGACGUACGAGUGGGAAUCCUACGUCUACGGCAUCGACGACGACGAAGAAAGAGCGCCGGCGGCGACGAAGGAGGAAAAAGCAAACAAAGAUGAACGAGAUUCUACGUCUCAAAACGAACAUUCGGCAUCGUCGUUGAUGAUAUCUUCGUUGCGAAGCGAGAACGAGGCACUCAAGUUGAAAGUAUUCGAGAUGAUGGAAAAAUUAGGGAUGAUUAGCGAAGAAGAAGAGAAGCAAAAGCUCGCGCCGGUGGCGAACGUCGGCGAAAAAAUCGUCGUAUCGUCGGCGCCGACACGUAACAUGAACGACGACUGCGCGAGUAGAAGGUAUGCAAAUGAUGAUAGCGAUCGAUUCGAUAAAAGAACUCAACAAGAGAAAGACGAAGACGAGGCAGACGCUAGAGUGAGGGAUUCAGACGAUUCUUACUUCAACUCGUACUCGUACUUUGAAAUCCAUAAAGACAUGUUGAGCGAUAAAACGCGGACGGAUGCGUACAGAGAUGCGCUCACCAAGAAUCCAACUCUGAUGAACGACGCAGAUGUUCUCGACGUCGGAUGCGGCACGGGUAUCUUAUCAAUGUUUGCCGCACGAGACGGUGGCGCGAGAAAUGUCGUCGGCGUAGACGGUUCGUACAGGAUUGCGGACGUUGCACGAAUGAACGUAGGGGCGAACGACUUACGAGAAAGAGUCGAAAUCAUCGAAGGGAAACUCGAGGAUAUGGAUUCUAUACGCGGUGCACCGUUCGACGUUAUUGUCUCGGAAUGGAUGGGUUACGGUUUAUUCUUCGAGUCCAUGUUGGAUACCGUGUUAUACGCCAGAGAUAAGUAUUUAAAACCGGACGGCGCGUUGUUACCGGACGUGUGUUGCAUUAAAAUCGCCGGAUUUACGAAACAGGCGACAGUGGAUUUCGAUUUCUGGAACGACGUGUAUGGAUUUUCUAUGAAAGAAGUUGCCGUUCAGCAAUUAGAUCACGCGUUGGCAACGGCGGUCGUAAAACACAUCGAAGGCAAACACAUCGGAACGACCGAGACGGAAAUUUUACGACUCGAUUUGUGUAAGUGUUCGGCAAAAGAUACCGAGUUUAGCGCGGAAUUCAAACUCGACGCGCUCGAGAACGCGACGAAAGACGAACCUCAAACGAUUUAUGGCAUCGCCUUGUGGUUCGAUACAGAAUUUUCGAGCCGGUUCUGUCGAGAAAAUCCCGUCGUCCUUUCCACAUCUCCGAAAGAACCGAAAACGCACUGGGUUCAAACGGCGUUACAUUUUCCCGAGCCGGUCGUCUUAGAUAACAUCACUGCGUUGGGCAUUAAAGGGCGCAUUAGCAUGGCAAAGAGUACUGAACACGUGAGAGGUUACGAUAUAAGUUUAGAAUCAUGUACUAUCGAUCGGAGCGGGAAAGCGUGCGGUAAAGUACAAACGCGUUUGUAUAGAUUGUGA